GCGAUUACUGAAGUUUACGAAGAAUCUAAAGAAGGGAAGAAAGUACCAGAAAAAACGCGAGAAGAAGAAAUAAAAAAAUACAUAGAAUGGUUAAAGAAAACAGAAGUCCCUCCGUGUAUUAUCCCGAAAGAAAACAUCAUACCUGGAAGUAAAAAUAGAAAAAAGAAUUACAAAAAAGAUUUUACGAACGACCUAAUGGAAAAAAUCUACAAAAAAAUAUGGAUACCAAGUAGAGAAGCAAUUAACAACUCUCAAGAAGAAAAAGACAGAAACAUUAGAAAAAAUAACAUACCAACGGAACCAAUACACGGAAAAGAAACUAGUGAAAAUGCUCUGAGAAAGUACGCAAAUGGAAAAAACUCUUUAUAG